GACAAUAAAAACAACAAAUAAGUUUUGGCUCAGAAAUAUCGAUAGAUAUCGCCAGCAAUCGUAAAGAGAUCGAAAAUGGAAAAGUGUAGAAGUCGAGUUGUUGCCUGACACAGUUUGGAUGCAAAAGAAUCUACUAGAUAGACCUCUUUAUGCACUUUCAAGAGUUCAAGCAGAUAUUAUACAAGCACCGCAAUAAUGGGUGAGGAAACUGGCAAUGUAACGCAAAGCAAGGUGCGCUCCAAAACGACGAGACCCAAAGCUGUUUACCAAUGGACUGUCGCUGACGUACAGAAAUGGUAUGACCGCCAUUGCGGAGAGUAUGCGAAGUACGGAGUACUAUUUAAAGAACAUGACAUUACCGGUCGAGCUCUGCUCCGCAUAACAGAUUCAUCACUGCAGCGAAUGGGUGUCACGGACAAUCGAGAUCGUGAGGCCAUUUGGCGCGAGAUUGUGAAGCAGCGACUCAAGACAGAUUUUAUGGAAAUACGUGAUAUGGAGCGUCUCAAUAUGCACUAAUCAUGGCAACUGGAGCUUGCCAUGGCCACUGGUACUCAUUAACAUAAUACUGAACGAUCUUAGCGAUGAGAAUCAUUGAAAGAUGACCGUUCGAAGAGGUAUUUGCACUUGAACUAAACAAUGUUCGU